AUGGGAUCCAAAUUCGCCAUCUUCAUCUGUAUUGUAGCCGCAGUACAAAUGAUGUCUGUUUUGGGUGCUGAUACACCAACUCCAUCCGACUCAUCAUCGACGUCGCCUACAACUCCUCCAGCCGACUCCUCAUCGACGUCUCCUACAACACCUCCGUCUGACUCCUCAUCUACUUCCCCAACUACACCUCCGUCCGACUCAUCCUCGACUUCUCCUACCACUCCAACUUCGCCGACCACUCCAACUUCGCCUACAACUCCCACUUCACCAACAACUCCUCCGACGUCUCCUACAACUCCCACUUCCCCAUCAACUCCAAGUUCUUCAACUACCAAGCCGACCCACAAGAAGAAGAAGCAUCGCCGUCAUUUUCGUAUUCACAGAGUCCACUAUGGAGGUGUGAGGCGACGUCUUCGUCGUAAUGAGGCAUAG